ACAGCGGCUGAAAUGAAAUAUUGAAUUAUCUGUACGACUGGCUUUUUUAAAUUCGCGUCAAUUCGUAAUGCGACGCGCGCAUCGAUUGGCCUCGAACGAGACUGUAAUGAGGUGAAGAGUUCACGCGCGGAUUUAUCUCCUACUCGAGUCCGUUCCAGCAAUUAGCCCAAAUCCUGCACGGAAAAUAAAAAUUAAAAAAAAAACGAAGGCGAGAGUUUUCGUGUUUACGCGUGUACUAUACGUAUCGGCCUAUAGCAGUGAAACGCCAAUAUCACGCGGCCACGUAGCAGCCCUGCGGAUGGAGGGUGCAAGCAUAUCGGGACGAAGGUAUAUCGUCGAUCGCGGCACCUCUCGCCUAAUGCCAUGUCAUUUACCUGUCUCUACUCUCUUUCGUUUCCGCCGCGCGCGCGCGCGCGAGAGAGAGAGAGAGAGAUACAUACUCGCGCGAGCUAGGGAUAUAAUGCUUUCUCAAUUACGUUUUGAUCGCCGUUUCCGGAGAAUAGUGCUGGUCGUCUACUGCCUUUAUCGGAUAGGUGUGUUGUUGGAUCUCUCUUUGUUCUUUCUUGCGUCACUGCUGCUGCUGCUGCUGCUGCUGCUGCUGUUGAGGGCUUAGAAAAGAACGAGAAAUGUUAUGAAAGAUUCUUGGAUUUUAUUGAACGGUCGGAUAUUUACAAAAAUUACAGUGCACAGUCGCUUCUCGAUGAGGCAUGUACUUAUUGCGUUUAUGGUUCGCAACGAAAUUCGUCACGCUUGUGGAAAUCAUAUUGUAUAUGUUUGUAGGCAAAAGCGGAGAAAAUACGCGAUUUUACGAAUUUGUAGAGACAGAAUCAAAGAGCAGGCUAACGAGAUAUAGGAAGCCCAUUCUCCUUUUAGCCGACAACUCAAAAGCACGGACUUUUUGCGGCGCUUAUAACUCGGCAAAAGUAACUUCUGCGCGAAUCCUGUUUACGACGGCGAGCAACUUUUUAUUAGACGUAAAAGCUUUUGUUUUCCCGCCGCGAAUCAUAAGAUAAUAGCCCGCUCGGACAAUAACAGCGGAUACGUUCGGUUAUCUCGUUCGGAAAACAUCUCUCAUAGCUAAAGCGGAAGAGCGCAGUUUCGCGAUUCAAUUAAGAUUAAAAUAGGGAAAUACCCUCAUUAAGCUGGCAUCUUUGAAAAAUAAAAAAGAAUCACAGCCGUCCAGCUCGACGGGCGAUCGAUGCUGCUGCUGCUGCUGCUGCAUGGCAAAGUCUCGUUGCCCGAUUUGUAUCGAACAAACAGGCGAUAAAGGGGAGGCGAUACUCCGUGUCUGCUUACGUUCCCUUUAGCGUGUAGAGCCAGUUGACAGUCGACGGAGGCUCGGAUCAUCCCUGGAAUGGCAUAUCUCUCCGUCUUGAGAUCCUCUGAAAUUUCGAUUCGGUUAGAUUGUUAUUAUCGCGUGCAAUAUCAUGCGGUCGAGCGCCAAAGUGCGCUCGUCCUUCUAGAGCAUAACACACAGGCGAUGGAUCGCGCUGGAGGUGCAGUCUCUGUUUGACGGGGCAUUCCGAGAGCUAAUGGAUCGGUGAGCCGGAUUUGUUUGGACAGGAAUUUUCGAGGUUAGUCGAGCGAUGGGGGGAAUCUCGGUUGAGCAACGCUUCCAAACGCACACGACGAGCGUGAAAACGAAUCGCAGUUUGCAGUGGGCAUAUUAAAUAUUGGCUGUGAGAGGACUUUGGCGAAAAAGAUCGAAAUGAAGUCGGCCUCGCGGAUGAGCGCGAGGGCGACGGAGGGAAAGUCGAGGGUUUCCAGCAGCCGAUCGAACAAAUUCCCACCGGGCGAGUACGGCAUUCACACGGCCAGGGAGUGCGAUCAGCUGCUCAAGAACAGGGCCAUUCAUCCGAAGGAGGUCACGCGAGUACCGGAAAAGGAGGGUUACCGAAAGCUCCUGGUCCCGUCGAAGGAGCCCACGGUGCACCCGAAAAUCAUCACGAGUUCGGAACUCUCGAGUCUCGUGGAGCGCAGCCACAUCCCCACGAAGGAGGAGAGGGAGGCGGCCCUCGCCGCUGCUGAACGCGAGAAGGAGCGCUUAUUGCGGGAGAGCAUGGCGCGCAAGGAGGCGAUCCGGCAGAUGGACCUGCGCCGCAGUCGCGAGAAGCAGGGCCGGAUGAGCGACGUCGAGGAGGAGUCGCGUCAGCGGACGCUGCACCUGCUGCAGCGCGCCCGGGACCUCAAGCUCGAGCAGGAGGAGGAGGUCAAGAGGUGCAACAAGCUCAUCCUCGAGACCAAGUGUCGAGCCGUCCGCGACGCCCAGAUAGCCGAGAAGAAGCUCCUCGAGCGCCAGUACGCCGCCGAGGAGCAGCGCAUAAACAAGCUCGUGGAGGAAGAGCGCAUCCGAGCAUUGCGCCUCGAGGAGGAGAAGGAGCGCGAGCGCGCUUCCCGCCAGCAGAACUUCGCUCAACUGCUGAAGGAGCAGAUCUUGGAGAACGAAGAGGAGCGCCUGCUCGAGCAGGAGCGCAAGCGCGAGGAGAGCCGGCUGCUGAACCUCAACAGCCUGGCGCAGCAGGAGGCCGAGUUGGCCAGGAUGAAGGAGAAGGAGGCGGAGCACGAGAAGGCCAGGAGGGAGUUCAUCGAGAGCAACGAGCAGCUCAAGCACUUCAAGCAGAUGGAGAAGGAGGAGAGCAAGAUCAUGGAGAUGAGGAUACAAGAGUUCCACCGGGAGAAGGCGGAGCGAGCGGCCAAGGCUGCCGAGGAGAUACGCCAGGAGAAUCUCCGCAGGGAGCGCGAGAAGGACCGCCUGGCCGAGCAAGCUCUGCAAGCUCGCCAGCUCCAGGCCCAGAUAGACGAGCUGAAUGCCACGCGAAUACAGGAGGAGGUCAGUCGCGAGUGGAGGAGGAGGGAAAAGGCGGAGGCGAUGAAGCGCUUGGAAAACCAGAGGAAACUGCGCAGCGUCAGGGACCAGCAGAUCAACAGCAAGAUGCAGAUGCAGGCCAUGGAGAUCGAGCGCGAGAAGAAGGAGUUCGACAAGAUCCUCGCGUUGCAGAAAGAGGCGCUCUGCAGAGAGGAGAAGGAGAGGGAGAAAAAGCGCAGACAGGCCCUCGUGCACAGGAGCGAAAUUUUGAAGCAGGUGAACGAGAAGGAGAAAGACAAGAUAGUCUCGCGACAGAGGAUGUUCGAGGAGGGCGUCGCCAUCAAAGCCGAGACCGACCAGCGCAAGCGACAAUUGCGCGAGGCCAUGGAGCGCAAGUGCCAGGAGAUGAGGGAGAACAAGGUGCCGGACAUGUACAUAAACGAAGUCAAACGCAUGAUCGAGAAUAGCAAAUAAAGAUCGUAACGGAAACGAACUGCCUGAACCUGUGAUCGUUUGGUCCAUCACUUCCACAACAUAACGACGCUUGGGUCCCGCUCGACGAUCUCCUCGAUCUGAGCCGCGGACUGGCCGGUGCUGCAGCAGAUCUCGUCGAGGCUGAACGAGCCGGUGAAGUACUUGUAUAUAGGAUUGCUGCGGCCCUCGUCGCUCGAGCCACCCGGCAAAAGGAUAGGAUACUAGAAAAUUCAAAUUUUUCAUAAUCGUUAUUUUUGCUCAAGCAUUUUGAAAGACUUGCUGCUCUGAAUGUCGUACCUUGUAUACCCUACGAAUGAGUCCCUCGAUCAGUCCAAACUGCACAAGCCUCCUUUCAUUGAUCCUCAGAUUCUGGGGGCUGAGCCUCUGGCACAGAUCCCUCAUACUGCUUCCGUAAGUCAUGCUUGCAUACAUUCUGUAGAUGUCCCUCAGGUAGGCUGGUUGUCUAGCUGAUGAAUCAAUAAAGCUCUCGUUGGAUACCUUA